AUGUUUCAGAAAUUCAUUUCGUAACUUGGCACAAUCAAAAAUGCUGAAAUUCCUUUUUAUUUUAGAAAUCAAUUUAAAAUCAAAGAAAAUUUCAUAAAUCCGAACAGCAAGUAUUUCGAUGGUAUUGCAUAAAAGUAAGAAAUCAAUAUAUAAAAACAACAGAUUGAUUUAAGAGGAAAAAUAAAGUAAAAAGAGAAAAUGGGAUAAGUAAUGUAAAAUGAUGUUCAUAUGGGUCCUAAGCAAGUACUUCCAAUAGAAAAAUGAAAAAAUCAUCAACCCAAACAAAGAAGAAUGGGUUGAGCUUGCGAGUAUCUUAUAAACUGAUGAAACCAUUCUGAAACAACGAUGGAUCACACUAAUAAACCCUGUUCAAAAGAGUAUUAAUUGGGAUUCUCAAGAAGAUGACAUCAUCCGUUCCUUGAUGAAGUAAAAAUGUAUAAAACAAUAUAGUGAAUAAGACGAGAAACAUAUAUGGACAUUUAUUGCCUUGGAGUUGUACAAUAAAAACGGUGGUUAAUUUAUACGAACUCCCAAAUAAGUUAGAGAAAGGUGGAUGAAUUAUCUUAACCCAAAAUUGAAUAAGUAAGAAUGAGCAUUUAUACCCUAGAGCCAAUUGGUCGUAAACUGAAGACCUUCAAUUGUUGACAAAUAUUGUGAAAAACGGUAAGAGAUGGUCAUAAUUAUCAGCUGCCUUGACCGGAAGAACUGAAAAUCAAGUGAAGAACAGGUAUUCAAAUUUAUAUAAAUAAAGAUUCAAAAGUUUAAUGCAGAAGAUAUUCAAGGAUGAAGAUGAUGAUGAAUUAGAUGAACUUCAAGCUAUCCAAGAUUAUCUAAAGAAAUUAGGAGUUCCCUCUGAUCAAGUUACAGGAGAUCCUCUCAUUUAAAAAAACCAAUCUUGUUUAGAAAUCAAAUGUAAACCAAAAAAACUCCAUAAUCAAUCUAAGCAACUUAAAAAGAUAGGCAAGAAAAAGAAAUUUAACAAAAAUCAUCUCAAAUCCCUCAAAAAUUUAACAGAAUCAAAUAAGUAGGAAUUUGAUAUUUAAAUUAAUUAAAUCAAUCUAAAAGAAAAUAAUGAAAUCAAACGUAAUGUUUAAAGUCCUGGCUUACCUAAUGAUUUUCAUCAUUCCGAUUAACGAUAAUAAGCAUAAUAACAAAUUUAGAUUCCUGAAGUUAAUAGUAUUUAAACUCCUUAUGCUGUAAAUAAUCUAUUUUUGCCAAUUUUCCAAUAAUAAUAAUAAUAAUUUGAUCUUUAAUAAUAAAAUUAGAAUUAAUUGAUCUAUCAAAGUUAUAGAAAUUAGAUGGAAGAAUUCCAUCAACUUUAAUAUAAAAUGAUGAUGGAAUAAUAUAUGAAACAAUUUUAAUCUAAUUAUAAUACUAUAUCACCAAUCUCUAUGAUUAAUCAAACUCCAAUGACCUAUACACCUACAUAGUAAUUUCAAUUUUAUUAAAAUACCUUUACAUCUCCUUAAUGGAAUUGCAGUUCUAAUUUGGACAACAAUUCCCCUAAGUAACAACAUUUUUACUGGCAAGCUCAAUAGUAAAAUUAUGAUUAAUUUCAGAAUGAACAAAUAAGACAAAUGCAAUUUGUAUAUAAUAUUAACUUAAUUAGAAUAAUAAAUUAGAGUUUUUAAAUUCGAAUAACCUUGUAGAUGAUUGGAAAAGAAAAAGAGUUAAUUAAAAGUAACAUUCGCAAUUUUAAUUUAUGGAUUCAUUGGAUUAAUGA